GGAGCCAUGGCGACAACAGCUCAGUAUAUUCCGAGGAAUAACUCCUUACCGUCCAACCCGCUCAUGCAUCCGGAUUCGGAUAGGAUGCACCAGGGGACGACCUACAGAGAGGUGCAGAAAAUGAUGCACCACGAGUACUUGCAAGGGCUCGCGGCGACCAACACGGGACACCCGAUGAGCCUGACGCACCACCAGUGGCUGCCCACGUCCAACACCGACUGGUCCAGCGGCACCCACAUCGGACAGCAGGAGCACAAAGCCAGCGUGCAGGCGAGCCGGGACGACCUGAGCUCCGGUUUCCACCACAGAUCUCACCUGGUGCACCAGCAGACGCAGGGUGGCCACCAUGGCUCGUGGGCGCCUACCACGACCCACCACUUAUCCCCGCUGUCCCCAGCAUCCAACGGCCACCAGUCUCUCGUCUACUCCCAGCCUGGAUACACAAACCUCAACGCCAUGCUGAGCCCCCAGCCCGGAUCCCUGCACCACGGCAUGCGGGACCCGCUCCACGACGACUCGGGCAGCCACGACAACCAGAUGGAGUCGCCCCAGCAGGCGUUCAGCCACCACCAGGACCACUCGGACGAGGACGCGCCCAGCUCCGACGACCUGGAGCAGUUCGCCAAGCAGUUCAAGCAGCGGCGGAUCAAACUGGGCUUUACGCAGGCAGACGUGGGCUUGGCCUUGGGCACCCUGUAUGGAAACGUCUUUUCUCAGACCACAAUCUGCAGGUUUGAGGCGCUGCAGCUCAGCUUCAAGAACAUGUGCAAACUUAAGCCGCUCCUAAACAAGUGGCUGGAGGAGACAGACUCCAACACGGGCAGUCCCACCAAUUUGGACAAGAUCGCAGCGCAGGGCAGGAAACGAAAGAAGAGGACCUCCAUCGAAGUGGGGGUGAAAGGGGCGCUGGAGAAUCAUUUCUUAAAAUGCCCAAAGCCGUCUGCUCAUGAAAUCAGCACUUUAGCCGGCACUCUGCAGCUGGAAAAAGAGGUUGUCCGUGUUUGGUUUUGCAACAGAAGACAAAAAGAGAAAAGAAUGACACCAGUGGGGGUCCCUCACCCGAAUAUGGAGGACGUAUAUUCCCAGGCAGAGACCCCUCCUCUACACCGCACACUACAGAGUCCUGUGCAGUGACUGUUUUCAUGAACAAUCCCAGCAUUUCUGCAGGGGGGGAGAGAAAAGGGAAAAGGGACUGUGGAGUUUACAGUAUUUAAGUUUGGCUUUUGUUAUUUUGAAUCCUGAGAGAACAGAGACAUGGGGGGAAAGUUGGGAUGAGUUUGUGCCCGUAGUAUCCGGAGAUGUCCAGCAAAUAGAGGAGAAAUGUUAAGAAAAAAACACGAAAAAAGAACAAAAAUAGUUACUGAUUCCGUGCGCAUUUAAAGUGAAACAAAGAUUUUAUUUACCAAAAUUAUAUGGAGAGUCAAUCUGAAAUCCCAUGGCUGUUUCUAAUGGGGACUAAUGAAAUGUGGCAUCUCCUGGUGUUCACCUGAAAAUGAUCAAACACUGGAGAUUUUUCCUUUUUUUUGAUUUUGCUUUGUCAGGCUUCAACUGAUUAACCAGAUUUUCUGAAUAUUCGUGUUGUUUGUUCUAUUGAGUGUGAUGUUUUGGUUUGGAACUGUCUUUAUGAUUUUUCUAACUCAUCAGAGCCUCCAGUUUUUUUCUGUUCUCAGUGGGAGUCGAUGGUGAGAAAGUGUUGGAAAUUAUGGCACCCAAAACACCCCUAAUUAGACCUAUUUAAGAGAAUAUCCAAUGCAGCUGGGCGCAUGCGUCCUGCUUGCAUGCCUUAAAAAUAUUUAAAGCUUUGCAGCU